AUGUCCGACCUCCCAGUUUGGACUCACACACUCUCUCUCUCUCUCUCUCUCUCUCUGAAUUUUGGAAACUAUUCCUCCAUGCCCGCAAACUCUUUCAUAUACACGAGAAAAUCUGUUGCUCUUCACAUAGAAUCCACCGAAGUCUUGCACACCCAUCUCACAGAAAAACCUCCACAAAAAUCCCAACGGAAAAUGGAACCUCUUCCUUCGUCAAAGCACGGUAAGUCAAUCUCGUUCUUGCACUACUACUCCUCAUUCUUGUACUCGGGUACUGAUUUUCUCCUCAAACCAGUUUUCCUACGUGGGUUUUCUGGCUUGUUACACCUGGUUUUGUUGUUUGUCCUGACCAUCUCGUGGGUGUCCAAGAAAUUCAGGGCGCGUCACAGUGAAGGUCCAAAGGAAAGGUUUAAGAACACCCGGAGUUUGUACUAUAAACUAACUCUAAUUUGUUGUUUGGGUGUUUCCUUGUUUAGUCUUGUCUUAUGUUUAUUGAAUUACUUUUAUUGGUAUAGAAAUGGUUGGUCUGAGGAAGCGCUUGUUACCCUUUUGGAUUUAGCGGUUAGGACCCUCGCUUGGGGUGCAGUUUGUGUCUACUUGCAUUCCCCAUCCUUUAAUUCAGGUGAAACAAAGUACCCGUUUUUACUGAGAGUUUGGUGGGGUUUCUACCUCUCCAUUUCUUGUUAUAGCCUUGUUGUAGACAUCGUUCUUUACAGAGAACGCGUUAAUUUAUCCCUUCAGUAUUUUGUUUCCGAUGUCGUCUCCCUUGUCAUGGGUCUGUUCUUCUGUUAUGUGGGGUUCUGUGGGAAGAAUGAGGGCAAAGAUACCCUUCUUGAAGAACCUCUUUUGAAUGGUGAUUCUAGUGCAACUAAUGAAGCAGAGUCAAAUAAGCCUAAGGGGGUGAAACUCUGA